CACUGCUUCUUGCUGCAGAAAGUCCCCACAUCGGACUUCCUCGUGCGACGGUCUGCCUGAUAUGCCCUCAUUCUGCCUCCCUCUGCCCCUCCCGCGCGGCCAUUCCAUGGCGUAGGCUGAUAUCACAACAAACACCUUGAUAAGCUUCCCAGUAGCUAGCCAACACAGCCAAGACAUCACUAAGCUCACGCGCGUCUCUUCGGCACCAUGGUUGACGGCAACCGCCCCAGUUCUGUUGGUGGAGAGGAGGCUUCGUCUUCGGAUCCGGCAAGGAGGAACUCUACGAGGAGCUCCCAGUCUUCGAACGAUGGGAACACCGCUAGUUCGGGUGCACAAUACUCAAACCUGACCUCGAGCGCAGACUCGAUACGACGGCGGCCGCAAGGCAUACAGACGCAGCCCACGGGCUAUGGCUCUAUCACUUCCCCCGUACAUCGUCAGCGCGUCGCGUCUCCAGAAAGACAAGCGAAACCUAAGAAACCAGGCAUGGGAAGGAGGGCCACUUCGACACAUAUUCCCCAUAAAGGCCAGGAGUUCUCGGUGGACGAUGCCGAGGACGAGAUAGUCGAGGAUGUUCCACAGCAAAGGCCCGCGAAGAAUCCUACGCUUAGGAGGCAGCCAUCCACAGUGAGACGGAAGACAACGGCGCAGCCUCCGCCACUUGCUACCGUGGCUUCGCAAGAUGGCGAGGAUGCCGUCGAGCAAGUGCAAUCAGGCGCCCCAACCGAGCCGGAGGUGAACCCAAGUUCAUCUGGGGAGGAAGGGACCUUGAUGGCCGAUGGAGAGGAGGCUCAGGCUGCUGAGGACGAUGGCGGACAUGAUGACGGGGACGAUGACGGGGACGAUGACGGGGACCUCAGCGAUGCAGAGAGCUUCACGCUGAAGGACCGCCAAGAAGCCAUAAACGUCACUCAUCCCUUCGGCAUACGAAUAUGGAAGCCUGCUCUCUACAAGAAAGACAGAUCUGUGCAAAAGAAUGCCGAGGGUGACAUUCAUUCUACCCCUGGAUUGUUCGUCAGCAACUGGCUUUUCUUGUUCAACAUUGUCUGGACUGUCCUUUUUGGCUGGUGGCUAGCCGUCGUCGCUGGAGCGGCAUCGCUCGUCUGCUUUAUCUUCGGCUGUCUGGAUCAAAGCUCCUGGGAAUACUCAAAAGUUCUCUUCCAUCUAGCGAUAUACUUCUUCUAUCCUUUUGGGAAAUAUGUCAAGCUCAUACAAGACGAAGUCUACGCAGAAGAGGACGAAGGGGAAGGAAGAAGCAUCAGCGAAUACGAGCAGUGGCAGAGUGGAGACAUUGAAGAGGGUCGGCUGUUCUUUGGGCCUCCUAGCAGAUCUCUAAUCGGUCGCCGGAGGAACAGUAUUGACUCUGCUGAUGAGACUACCAGUCUCCUCGGGAGGGCUGGGAGAGCUAGCGCUAGUCCUCCGCGAACUGAUACUGCAAAAUCCAAAAGACGUCUCUUUGGACGUGGGAAAUGGAAUUUUGGCAGAGUAGUGUUCUUUUUCCUGUUCUACGGGCUGCUAACCCCUUCUCUGUUCUUCGUCUCCGGAAUCUGUUGGCUCCUUGUUUUUACCAUCCCAAUGGGCAAGGUCACCCUUCUCCUCUUCGAUCAUCUCCGAAGACAUCCCUUAGCUCUCUCGUUUCAUUCAGACAGCGCGGACACCCGUCGACCAGGAGACCCAGCUUCUUCCAUUCUACUCUGCACCUAUCGCGCGGUAGGCUGGAAAUACUGGAAGUAUACUAUCGACGGUACUAACAUCUUCCUCAUCAACCUACUGUCAAUUGUCGCCUUCACAAUCUUUGACUAUUGGGUGCUCGACGUUGCACUUGGUCUCAAGAUCGGGAUUACGAAUCAGUUCUUCGUGUUCGCCAUGGCCCUAUUCUCCAUCAUUCCACUUGCGUACUUCAUCGGCCAGGCCGUUGCCUCAAUCUCAGCGCAGUCUUCAAUGGGUCUCGGUGCCACAAUCAACGCUUUCUUCUCAACAGUGGUUGAAGUUUUUCUCUAUUGUGUGGCAUUGAAUAAAGGCAAGGCAGCGCUAGUCGAAGGAAGCAUUAUCGGAAGCAUAUUUGCUGGUAUACUGUUCCUACCCGGGUUAUCGAUGUGUUUCGGGGCCUUGAAACGGAAGACUCAGCGCUUCAACGUCAAAUCGGCCGGUGUAACUUCAACGAUGCUAUUGUUUGCCGUCAUCGGAGCCUUCGGUCCCACGCUGUUUUACCAGAUCUAUGGAAGUCACGAAUUAAACUGCCAUACUUGCAUCAGGCAUGACUAUGGAAACGAACAAGACUGUCGGCGAUGCUAUUACUCACAAGUUCCGGCUGUCCAUGACCGUUUUUACAUCGAAGCCGUGCGACCAUAUAUUUGGUUCGCAGCUGUGAUGCUCUUCCUCUCUUACGUGAUAGGCUUAUUAUUUACUCUAAGAACUCACGCAGCCGUAAUUUGGAGCAGUGAAUUAGACGAGAAAAAAACGGACAAGGCGGAUAUGGCUGCAAGCUAUAUGCACGGCAGUGGGCAAUUGGAUGGUCCACACACACUUACUCGACAAGCAACAAACACGUCAAUUACCGGAGGCCUCGCUCGAUCUGAUAUUCGCGACAGUCAAUUAUACAAAAGAAUCUUAGGACAAUCGUUCAAGCAGGUCGGUCUUGGUCCAAAUGGGGAGGUGCCAGAGGAGAGACCACGCUCGACGAGAAGCACUGAUGGCCAGACACCACACGUUGUUCCUCCAAGAGACCCAGAGGACGACAGAGAGCACACCAGCCUCCACCUUGCGGGGCUUUCGGAAGAGCAGAACCACACUCUCGUCCUCCAUGUCGCUGAAAUGGCCGCAACCGCAGCCGCAGUCGCAGCUCGAGACGCCACCAAAGCACCUCGCAAGUCUGCUCAGCUCGCUCAUACCUCGGCGAAACAUGGUGGCAACAAACCGUCUGUGACCAGGAGUGGGACGUUCGCUGAGGGCGUAGAAGAUACCAUGCCUGGGCAAGGACAAGCUGCCGGGGGCCACGAUGCUCCGAAUUGGAGUCGAACGAAGAGUGCCGUUAUCCUGCUCACUGCUACGCUGGCGUAUGCGGUGAUAGCAGAGAUUCUGGUCGGCACGGUGGAUGCUGUGCUUGAGAACGUUGACAUAGAUGAAAAGUUUCUCGGAAUUACGCUUUUCGCCCUAGUUCCCAAUACGACAGAGUUUUUGAACGCUAUCUCCUUCGCCAUGAACGGCAACAUUGCUUUGUCUAUGGAAAUCGGUUCAGCGUACGCGUUGCAAGUCUGUCUACUUCAGAUUCCAUGCCUAGUGCUGUACAGCGCAAUACAUGGUCGCUAUAUUGAUCCCAAUAAGAUACUCAACCACACAUUCACGCUCCUAUUUCCCCAGUGGGACAUGGUAACCGUCAUCCUCUGCGUCUUCCUCCUCUCCUACAUGUACGGCGAAGGCAAGAGCAACUACUUCAAAGGCUCCAUCCUCAUCCUCUCCUACCUUGUCGUCGUCGUCGGUUUCUACUUCUCCAGCUUCAACGACUUUGAGCGCAUGGGGGUGGACGCGUCGGACACUCUAGCGGUUGGGGGCCUGGUACAGUCCAUGUCUUUCAAGACGAUUGGGAGGCCGAGUAGCGGAAGAGCGUAUUGAGAGAAUAUCGCGACUGGUGGAGGUGGAUAAUGGAACGGGAUAUGCUUUCUAAUAGAGGUUGCGUUACUUUUUGUGGCUGGUGACAAAUUCGAUUCAUUACAUACCUUACUUGUACUUUCGUAUAUCCUAUGUUGAGCGCGGGAAACGGGCAUAGCGCGGCGUCUUGG